UCGCCGAGAGAAGGGCCCUCUAGGCGGACACGGAAUCUGGAACGCGCCGCUCCCUUGGAUCACCGCCACCGUCAACGUUAUUAGCGUCAUUGUUAUCAUUGGCGGACGUGAGGAACAUCUGAGAAGCUGCAUCCCACUUGGCUUUUAAAGGAGCGGUCGUCACCAUGACAACAUCCAUGGCCGGCCUCCUCCUGCUGAGGCUCCUCCUCCUCCUCCUCCCAACGGCGGCGACGAUGGCGGGGGUGGCGGAAGCCCAUCCCAACGCUUCUUCGGCGUUCCUGACGGCGUCACUUUUCCAGCCGCUUACUCAGCCUGAGUGCGCCAAGAAAGAACAUCCGAAAGUAUCCGCACAAGUGCUCAGUCCGUGGAUGUCCACGUUUUCCUGGGCCGGCGUGCGGGAUUUCUCCCAGCUGACGCUCGACCUCGCCAGGAACGAACUCAUCGUGGGCGCCAGGAACUUCCUGUUCAGGCUUGACCUUAGCAACAUGUCACUGAUCCAGGUAACAGAAUGGUCGCCCGACGACGAGACCAGGAGGUCCUGUCAGAGCAAAGGCAAGACGGAGAUAGAGUGUCAGAACUACAUCCGAGUGCUGCUGGUCAACAAGACCCAAGUCAUGACCUGCGGGACCAACGCCUUCCAGCCCCUCUGCACCUCCAGAGAGGUGGGUAACAUGAGCAAGGUGUUGGAGCGCGUGAACGGCGUGGCUCGCUGCCCGUACGACCCUCGCCACAACUCCACGGCCGUGUUGACGGAGCGCGGAGAGCUGUACGCCGCAACCGUCAUCGACUUCUCGGGACGUGACCCCGUCAUCUACCGCAGCCUGGGGGGGAUGCCGCCGCUACGCACCGCACAGUACAACUCCAAGUGGCUCAACGAGCCGCACUUCAUCUCGGCGUACGACAUGGGCCUGUUCACGUUGUUCUUCCUGCGGGAGAACGCGGUGGAGCACGACUGCGGCAAGACGGUGUACUCGCGGGUGGCGCGCGUGUGCAAGAACGACAUCGGCGGCCGCUUCCUGCUGGAGGACACGUGGACCACCUUCAUGAAGGCGCGCCUGAACUGCUCGCGCUCGGGCGAGAUCCCUUUCUACUACGACCAGCUGCAGAGCACCUUCCACCUGCCUGAGCAGGACCUCAUCUACGCCAUCUUCACGACCAACGUAAACAGCAUUGCAGCGUCGGCCGUGUGUGCCUUCAACCUGAGCGCCAUUACGCGCACCUUCAACGGGCCGUUCCGCUACCAGGAGAACCCUCGCUCCACCUGGAUGCCCACCCCCAAUCCCAUCAGCAACUUCCAGUGCGGGACCAUUAAGGACGAGGGCCCGAACGAGGGUCUGACGGAGCGCAGCCUGCAGGAUGCGCAGCGCCUCUUCCUGAUGAACGAAGUGGUGCAGCCAGAGUCAGUGGAACCGCUGGUCAUGCAGGAUGACAUGCGCUUCUCCCACCUGGCUGUUGACAUAGUGCAGGGCAUGGACACGCUCUACCAUGUCAUGUACAUCGCCACCGAAUAUGGCAGCAUCCUAAAGGCGCUGGCCACGUCCAACAAGAACCUGCAAGGCUGCUACCUCGAAGAGAUGGAGCUCCUCCCAACUGGCGUGCAACAGCCAAUCCUGAGCCUGCAGAUCCUGCACAGUGACCGCUCGCUCUUUGUGGGCCUCAGCGACCGAGUGCUGAAGAUCCCCCUGGAGAGGUGCUCCACAUACCGCACUGAGAUGCUGUGUUUGGAGGCCCGGGACCCUUACUGCGGCUGGGACAUGCGUCAGUGGCGCUGCACGACGCUGGAGGACAGCACCAACAUGAGCCAGUGGAAGCAGAACAUCACGGCGUGUCCGAUGCAGAACCAGACUACGCACGGCGCCUUCGGGAGCUGGACGGCGUGGCACACGUGCAACAACGACGAAGGCGCGGAUGGAGGCACCGACGGCGUCAGCUCGUGUUGGUGCCGGUCCCGGUCGUGCGAUAACCCCGCCCCUCGCUGCGGGGGCAGGAUGUGCGACGGCGCCAUCAUUCAGGUGGCCAACUGCUCCAGAAACGGAGGCUGGACGCCCUGGUCUUCAUGGGGACAGUGCAGCACCAGCUGCAGUACGGGAUUCGAGUUGCGGCAACGCUCGUGCAACAACCCGGCGCCGCGGCACGGAGGGCGUGUCUGCGUCGGGGCCAGCCGUGACGAGAGGUUGUGCAACGAGGGGGUCCCUUGUCCCCAGCCGGUGCUGUGGUCUCCGUGGGGCUUGUGGACCAAGUGCAGCAGUGAGUGCAGCGGGGGGGUGCACUCGCGGGUGCGCACGUGCGAGAACGGCAACAGCUGCCCUGGAUGUGCCCUGGUAAGUGAUAAAAGUUUGCAAUCAAAUCGGAUGGCUUUUAGUUUGGAAACGAACACUGAAAGGAAGGACUGUCUGAACUUUCAGGAGUACAAGGCGUGCAACCUGGAGGCAUGUCCGGAGGUGAAGCGGAACACGCCAUGGACACCGUGGAUCCCGGUGAACGUGACGCAGGGCGGCGCCCGCCAGGAGCAGCGUACCCGCUACAUGUGCCGCGCCCACUUGGCCGACCCGCACCAGCUGCAGAUGGGACGCCGCAAGCUCGAGACGCGAUUCUGCCCCAAUGACGGCAGCGCUGCCUGCGACACUGACGACCUGGUGGAGGAGCUGCUGAGGACCCCGCUAGUUCGAGGGUCGAGCGCCCCUGGCUGGUCUUCUUGGGACUCCUGGUCUGCAUGCUCGCAGAGCUGCUCCAAAGGAUACCGCACCCGACGGAGAUCUUGUGCCGGACUGGAGGGCAAGAGCCCCCCCGUGGCCUGCAGAGGGUCCCCCGUCGAGUACCAGGACUGCAACGUCCAGGCCUGUCCAGUGAAGGGCGCGUGGUCGUGCUGGUCGCCGUGGUCCGAGUGUUCGGCGGGCUGCGGGGGCGGCCACUACCAGCGCACCCGGGCGUGCGCCAGCCCGCCGCCGGCAGCCGGGGGGAACAUCUGCCUGGGCCUGCACACCGAGGAGGCGCUCUGCAACACGCACGCGUGCCAAGGUGGCUGGAUGGCCUGGUCGCUGUGGUCAGCCUGCGACGACUCCGGGGUGCAGAUGAGGACCCGAACGUGCGGUAGUGCCGGGGGCUCCCCCUGCGUGGGCAAUGCCACUCAGUGGAGGGACUGCAACGAAAUACCUAUCAUCCUCCCUGCAUCAGGCUUUGACAAGGACCAACACUGCGGAGCGUUCACGUCCAUCCACCUGAUCGCCACCGGGGUGUCCUGCUUCCUGGGUGCGGGUCUCCUGUCCUUCCUGGUCUACGUAUACUGUCAACGCUUCCACAAGCCGUCACAGGAGUCGGCUGUCAUCCACCCGACCACACCCAACCACCUCAACUACAAGGGCAAUGCCACGCCAAAGAACGAGAAGUACACACCCAUGGAGUUCAAGACGCUGAACAAGAACAACCUUCUGCCGGACGAGCGCUCCAACUUGUUCCCGACGUCCGUGCAGCAGGCCAACGUGUACACCACCACGUACUACCCGCCCGCCCUCGGCAAGUUCGACUACCAGGCCAACGCCUCGCCGUCGCCCUGCCGGACCUUCGCCCACGCCAACAACAGCUGAGGCCCGAGCGACCCAUCGGGCGAGCCUCCCUUAAAGACGCAACAAGCCGGAACUUUCCGGGAGGAGAGCGAACGUCUUUUUUGACGAAAGGGACGACGGGAACCCGUUGUUUGGAAAAAAAAAAACUCAAGACAACAAGAAAACAAAAGUCCUGCUGAUAUCCGUGUGGGACCAAGUGUAAAUAAUCCCACCGGGAGAAAGACUCCAAUGGCUUGUCCAAUCGGAUCGUCCAAUCGGAUGGCUCCGAGGCAAAAUAGCGCGGAUGUCAUAUCAAAUAUGGCCGCCGUGCUGUGUUAAUAAUAAGCUAGUAGUUAAGGUGACACUUUUUUUACAAACGUUCUUUCUUUUCCGAAGAUGAUUCAUUGAAAUGGUUAAAGGUAGGGCUUCAAGCCUGGGUUAGGGCGUUAAAGUAGGGUUUUAAGUCUGGGCUAAAGUUUCAAAUUAGGGUGUCGAGCUGAGCUAGGGUCUCAGACCUGGGCUGUGUUUUCAAACAAAGGUUAGGGUUUCAACUUAAGAUACCAAGUUAAAAACCAGCUUAAAGCCAGGGUUACAGAUUCAAAGUAAACCAGGCUCGACACCCUACUUUGCAAGCCUCUUUAGAAGCCAGUAGCAUAGAUCCACUAACUCUUCGUCUUCUUUGUUGGUAACGGCACAUUCGUAGUGUUUAUUUUCUUUGUGUUCAUGUGUGUGGACGUGUACACUCCACACACACACACACACACACACACACAUGAAAGCAUACAGUGCAUUUCAUUCCAAUGCCAUUACGGUACUGCUGUGUGUGUGUGUGUGUGUGUGUGUGUGUGUGUGUGUGUGUGUGUGUACACAUAGCAUAGCUACUACCCCCAGAUCAUUGACAGCCUGUGAGUGUACAUGUAUGCAUACAUGUAUGUACCCAUGUGUCUAUUGAGUGUUGUUUUUAGGAAAGCCUUAUAGGUCACACGCAAGCACACACAUGAAAAUGUGUCGGGACUGCAGUUUGAAUGUUUGUGUGCGCGCGCGUGUUGUUUUCUAUGCAAGUUGGCGUAGACGACGACGACGACGAGGAGCGAGCGAGCGACCGGGCGGGCGGGCGCCUUUUAUCUGCUCGUCGUCCACACUGUGAAUCUUUUUGCUACUCUCUAUUUUUAUACCAGCAGUUAACGGACAAUAAAACUUGUUGGUGACAACCACCGAACGGAAAGCCGGAUGGAUGCUUUCGUGCUGCUGCUUCUUGUGUCUUCGAGUAAG